ACAGUUCUAGCACUAGGGCCAUGUGGGAUCUGCACUUAAAGAAAAAAGAGAGAGUGAGAGCAGAAGAGGGGGGAUAGUUUGGGAGAGACUUUUUUUUCACAGACCAUUGUAAGCAAUCAGAGAGGCAAAUAGAGAGCUAGAGUUAGGAGCAACAGGCAGUCCUCUCCAGAGAGACUUUGAGAGCAAUGCUCAGUCCACUGACAACAAUUCCACAUCCAGACAGACAGGAAAAGGGAGGAUUUUCACACCGCUGCUUGCUUUGGGGCCUCAGAAGUAGCCUGUCGUCUUCACGGGUAUGCCUGCACCACAGACAACUCAAAGGAAUAAGCUUUAGUACUACUUUUAAAGUUUAAGAGCUGGUUAUGGACAUUGAACUCUCUCUCUGCAUGGCCUUCUUAUACAAUCUGGAUCAAAGGGUUUGUUUCAUUUUGUGUUAUUUUUGAACUGGUUAAAAGGGUUUGUUGAAGUUGCGCUUCCCAUGUCAGUCUUGUGAAGAUGCUGCUGGUCCUUCUCAUGUCAUGGUGGGUGUGGAUGUUGCUGGGUGCUGUUGGGGUAUGGUCGCAAGCUUUGCCCCAGGCUCAGGCUCCAGCUCAGGGGCAAGAAUCUUCCUCAAAUCCCUGGAGGCAAAUGAUCCAAUGGGAGAACAAUGGUCGAGUAUUUAGCCUGCUCAACAGCGGGGCUGAAUAUGUCCCUGCUCGGGGACAGGAACAGGACAGAGGCCACCGUGUUCUUUUAGCCGAUAGCCCCAAUCGCAGAGCCAGACCACAGGGAGGAAAUGUGCGUAGACAGGCACCUUCCAGAGGUGGUUCAGAAACGGUCAGGGGACAAGCCAGACACCCCUUUGGAUUUGGGCAGGUGCCUGAUAAUUGGCGUCAGGGUACAGCUGGGACAGGUGAAUCGAGUCGGUUUCAGUCGUCCUCCAGCACUCGUUACAGAACUUCCUCUGGUUCUUCCUCAUCUUCUUCAUCUUCAUCUUCCUCAUCGUCUUUCAACGUUCCACCUUACCCACAAUACCCUUUCCAACAACAGUCAUCCUACCCUGUUCCAUAUGAUCCAAUGGAACCGCCAUUCCGUGGGACAGGAUAUUCCACAGGCACGGGUGGAGGAUUUGCAGGAGGAGGCUAUGCUGGUGGUGGUUAUUCUGUUGGAAGCUACGGGGGUGGUGGAUUCACCGGAGGAGGUCUGGCUCCUGUGCCUCCAAGGACAGACCUUACUGAUGAUGGUUACCGCUUCUAUCCACCAUAUGGUCAACCACAUCCUGGUGUUCCUGCCCAACCUGCACAACCUUCAUUCUCAGAUGGUCUGGACCGCCGGUACACCCACAGCUUGUACAAUGAUGACACAGCAGGCUUUCCUGAUACAGCUAAUGCAGCAGGAUCAGUUUCCAAUGGAGCUACAGCUGGUGUUGGGACAGCAAGCCAGCCCGCUCUGCAAAGUCCCCAGUAUGAACAGUUUCCACCCUUCGGAAGGCCCCAGCCACUUGUUCCGUUUGUGCAGCAACCUGCACGGAACCCUCUCACCUCCAAUGUUGCAGAGAACCCCAGUGUCAGCGUAGGAAGUGUCUACCGGCCUCAACAAAGAGGCCUACCCGACCUGGUUCCUGACCCUAACUAUGUCCAGGCCUCCACAUACAUCCAGCGAUCCCACAUGUACUCCCUACGUUGUGCGGCUGAGGAAAAAUGUCUCGCCAGUACAGCCUACAGCUCUGACACCACAGACUAUGAUGUUAGAGUGCUGCUGCGGUUUCCUCAGAGAGUUAAGAACCAGGGGACAGCUGAUUUCAUGCCCAAUCGACCCCGUCAUACCUGGGAGUGGCACAGCUGUCACCAACAUUACCACAGCAUGGAUGAAUUCAGUCACUAUGACCUGCUGGAGGUCAGCACAGGCAGAAAAGUAGCUGAGGGACACAAGGCCAGCUUCUGUCUGGAGGACACCACGUGUGACUUUGGCCACCUUAAACGCUAUGCCUGCACCGCUCACACACAGGGUCUCAGUCCAGGUUGCUAUGAUACAUACAAUGCAGACAUUGACUGCCAAUGGAUUGACAUCACGGAUAUCAAGCCAGGAAACUACAUACUGAAGCUCCAGGUUAACCCCAAAUACUUGGUGCUUGAGUCAGAUUUCACCAACAACAUUGUCAGGUGUAACAUUCACUACACAGGCCGCUUCGUCACGACAACAAACUGCAAGAUUUCCCAGUCCUGAUCAGCUGCUCGGGCAGACUCAGUGAGGCAGAAGCUCAUGUCCUGCCAUGCGCUGUUCCAUUGAAAUGUGAAUGGAAUACAAGUUGUUCAAGUUUUGUUGUUUUUGCCCACAUUGUUGUUUAUGUGUUGUUCUGGUCCCAUAAGCCAAUUGCAAGCUUGGGCUCAGCAUGUGAGAGCAUGCACUCAGGCAUACAGAGAAACCCCAUUCACAAGAACACAGUGGGGCUAUUUUUCUUGCCUUACCCUUUUCAGCAGGUACAAUAUGUAGACGGCAAACAAGUGAUGCACUGAAUUUACAUGAUUCAAAUGUGUCAGUUCCACAUGUGUUACAUCCAGUGUUGGUGUGGUUACUCUAUAAAAGUAACCAAUGAUAAAUACAAUCCAUUACAAAUGACUAAUGGCUUCCCCUUAACUGUAAUGGGAUUCCUUUAAUGAUUACGUCCGGGAAAAAUAGUUUCAUUAUUUUACUUCUGUUCUGUUCUUGAAAUUUGGACCAGUAGAAAAUAGAAAGGAAAAUGAAUUUUAGUCAGGCUUGGUCUGUUUGGACGUUUACUCACUCUUUUCUUCAGCACAGGGAUUUUUUUUCUACCAGCUUCCUAUUAACAGCAUUAGAUGCUUUAACAGAUUGUUCACCAAGUUAAUGUCACUUCCCGCGCUCGUGCUGUGUUGCUCACAUUCACUAUCAAAGUCACACAGUCAUCUGUCAUGGGCAGCACACAAGCACAAAUUAUGUGCAACGGCAGGCACAGAUAAUCUACAUAGAGGAAAUUUACGUUUCAAAAGCAUUCUGCAUCAUUAAUGCUGCUCUGUUAGAGAUGUGAGUAACACAAGUAAUUUACUUCUUAUUAAGUCGGUAACUGUAACGUGAUCACAGGACUUAAACUGUACUGUGUUACACUAUUUCAUUACAGGGAAAACAUAAUUACAUCGCUAUAACUUGUUACUUUGUGCUUCAUUA